GACUUAGCGAUGGAAGAAGAGAAAUUAGGAGAAACUAUAGGAGAAGAAUGGGAACAUGAAGAAUUCGAAGACGAAGAGUUGCAAGAGGAGUCCAUUCUUACCGUGUAUGACACAGAUGACUUUGUUUCGGGGGCAAUCAACUCUGGACCUUAUUCCACUAUUCCUGUUGACUUACUAGAAUUUGAACAUUCAUACGGCUAUAAUUGCAUGAAAUACUUCAACCUCUGUCCAUGCGAUGAGUCCGUAAUUUGCUGGGCAGCGGGCAGUAUCGUCACCUUCAUGGACGUGACCACCAAGCAGACUUGGUUUCGGAGGACCAGCACAGGUGGAAGUGUUGGCAACAUCACUGUUUACAGAAAAGAUCCAAACUAUCGUUUAGCGAUAGCUGAAGGACGGGAAGGGGAUCGAGACCCCUUGAUCAUAGUAUACACCUGGCCACAGAUGGAAGUCGAUGCUGUGCUCAGAGAAGGCACCGAGAAUGCUUACUCUACUAUGGACUUCAGUCCCGACGGUGAACUUCUGGCUUCAGUGGGCAAAGAACCCGACUAUAACUUAACCAUUUGGAACUGGAAGCGCCACAAGAUUUUGCUACGAACGAGUGCCUUCACUUACGACGUUAACAAUGUCAUGUUUUCGCCGUACUGCGAGGGUCAACUAACUACAGCUGGUGCUGCUCACAUAAAAUUCUGGAAAAUGGCCCUUACGUUCACGGGUCUAAAAUUAAAAGGAGAGCUUGGCAGAUUUGGCAAGACCGAAAUUUGUGAUGUACUUGGUAUCUAUCCGAUGCCAGACGAAAAAGUCCUUUCAGGUUGUGAAUGGGGUAAUAUACUGGUCUGGGAAGCCGGUCUUGUCAAAGUGGAGGUAACUCAGCGAGGAAGGAAAGUUUGCCACGGAGCACCGAUUAUUCAGUUCAUGCUUAGUGAAGCACACGACGAAGUGACGACGAUCGCUCGCGACGGUUGUAUCCGAGCUUGGUACUGGGAUACUGUGGAACAGGCCGAUCCGCCCGAAGACGACCAAUUUGUUGAGCUUAACCCUGUUGCCGAGACAUGCGUACCAGACUGUCAAAUAAUGUCACUUAGACAUCAAAAGGACAUGUUUUGGUUCGCACAAGAUGCCAAUGGAGGGAUAUGGAUUGUAGAACUUGAGCUUGACAAACUAGAGUGUCAGCACCGUAAGAUCAUGACUUCUCACUCUGGACCAGUUAUCGGUAUAGUGGCUCUACGAACUCAUCCCAUUCUGAUAACUGCUGGCUAUGACGGGGCUAUAAUGGCCUACAAUACGGAGACGCAUACUUUACUUGCUAGAUACAAGUUUCCUGCUGCGAUUUCUUGUUUAUUGUAUCCACCCUUGGAUGUUGACGAAACAUCUUGCAUAAUAAUUUUUGGGUUUGAUGACGGGAUCCUACGAGUCUUAUUUUUCCACCCUGAUCGAAUCCUACAGCAAAAGGAUCUGGUCGAUAUACGGGUACAUUCUGCGUUAACCAUUCAUAGCGAUAUGUCUGAUCACGCUGACAUUAUUGACAUGAUAUCCCUAUUGAAACCUCACUCAAAAUCGAUAUCACAAAUAACAAUAAACGCACAACGUUCGCGUCUGGUCACAUGUUCCACUGAUUCCUCCAUAUUUAUCUACAAGCUCAUUAAUGGAAGUCCAUUUCAAUUGUCGCCAAUUGGAUUCAUUGAAACUCCUAAUAACAUUGCAUAUAUGACUUGGAAACCUGAAGAGGAAUUUACAAUAUUACUAUGUGGACAAGUGGGUUUUAUCAUGGAAGCGAUUCUACCAAGCAUUGAUAUUCGGAAGUACUCUGAUAUAACAACUUUCAAGCUGGAAUUUGUAUCUUCUAAAGAAACCCUUGUGAAGAAACAAUUUAUGCGCUAUAGACCAUUUCCUACUGAAGAAGAUUUAGCAAGUUUAGACGAAGAGGCUCUGAAAGCAGCUGCGGAAGCGGCCGACGACAAAGAGGACGAAGAAGGACAAGGCUGGUUGGGUGAAGUCCAACUAAUGGAAAGCGAAAGUCAACUUGGCACCACUAUCACAUGGGCAGAAUACUGUGCAGAAGGCGUUUGGGUGGUCCAAAAAGAAACCGGGGCCUUGCUCUUGAUAAAACCAGGAAGCAACAAGAUUUACAAAUACGCGCCUUUUCCUGAUGCUUGGUGUGAAACUAUGGUCUCAGUAAAAUUUAUAUGUGACCACCGUUACAUCAUGUUGGGCUCAAAUACAGGAUACAUUCGUGUGAUAAGAAUGCCUACUACAGAAGAAGAUAAUCCUGCAGUUCAUCUCAACAUAUGGUUGAUUGCUCAGCAGAAAUUGAUGAAAGCACUUAAGGGAAGACGAUUGAGGAAAGAAGAGAAACAACCAAUUCCACGAAUAGACUUCAUUGACUACUAUUAUUUACCAAUGCACGACCAAUACACCGGGAGCAUACGGUGUUUCGAAUUCAGUGCUGAUGCAAAGUUUUUAUUUACUUGCGGAGACGAUGGUAACAUAUUUGCUUUCAUUAUAAAUUUCGAAGAACCUCUAGUUCCUAAAGCCGAAGCCCCUUUACCAGAACAUUUACCACUGGAAAAAGUAAAAGAACCUAGCACAAUCGAAGGAGAAAUUAUGUCUCAUGAACAAUUGAAACAAAAAGAAGAGUACGACAAAAUGAUGGCCAUUGCGAAUGCUCACAAGAAACGAGUUAGAAACCAGCUUGCAGAAAUAACCAUUGAAUACAACAAGCUUAUAAGAUUAAACCGCCAUUUACCGUAUUCCCAACAAAUCGACGUGACCCUAGAUCCUCGGCCUCUGGAAGUGCAAGAAAGAGAACUCGACGAAUUGAAGGCUCUGGCUAAAAGAAAAGUCGCUCAUCAGUUGGAAGCUUCUGAUUUAGCCUUAUGGAAAAUGCAUUCCCGGAAUAUUAUCCAGUUGGAUGUUUUUCCUUUUACAGUACUGGCUAUCAGGGAUCCACUAGUAAUGAUAAGACCUCUAAGACAGAAAAACCUGUCCCAAGCUUUUUGGGACCAGCUCGAAGAAGUUUACCAAAAAAUGGCUGAGGCUGCUCUGAAAGCAAGGCGUACGGACUCCACGUCCCGCCGUGGUCCUACCAAGAGGACAUCGUGGGGCCCACCAAGAGUAGCAUCUUUUUUGCUCGGAUUACCUCCACACCCGCCACAUCCUUUAGUAAAACAAAUCCGCAAUUACUAUGAACGACUAUCUCGGCAUCACGUUCAAUUCAUUGAGUGGCAGGAACAUUUAUCUCGCAAACCUGAUCCAAAUGCAUUACCCCCUGGGUCUGCGGAAGCUCUUAAAGAAGCUGAAGCUACUAUUGGAAAUCGUCUUCUGAAAACACAAGGCGACUACGUUGCACCGCCAGGUCAUAAUACACAGUUGAAAGUAUGCCUGACUAGACAAGAGAUAUACGAGAAAAAGCAUGCAUUCAAUUUAAAAGUUCUCGAACUACGUGAUCAUAAAUUAAAAUUAGUUGACAAAAUGAAGAAAAUUGGAGAGAGGCUCAUGGAAAUUCGUGUGGAAAUCCCACCAAAAAUGGCCAAAGAUCCACCCGCGAUUCCGGAAAUUGAUGAAAACCUCGAAUUUCCAGAGAAAAACCUUGAGAUCAAACCAGAAAAGAUAUCUAUGCCAUCUAGAAUACCAACGACCUCCAAGAGAGCGUCAAUAUCACUCGAACGCAGAAAGUCGGGACAUGCUCCUUCGCUGUAUCCUCUACCAAGAGUGCGACAACCUAAAGUACCGCGUUUCGUUCCACUAAUUGAAAUUCGCCCACUUGCCGUUUCUUGGGAGUACGUUAAGCCUAGAAGCGACGAUCAGACACCGUAUGAAGUCGAAAUACGAGAGAGACGUAUUGAAAGACAUCUCUAUGAGCAAGACAUGUUAUUAGCAGAUGCAGAGAUAUCAGUUCAAAAGUUUGAUUCACGGCUGAGACAGCUGCAAAGAGAACGCAUACGUGUUCAGGAGAAAAAUCAGCUCCUGGAAUUACAUCUUUGUCAAACACAUCUUGAAAUGAAUGUCUUGAAUCGAUUUGAAGCACAUGAAGAUCGUUUAGCCGAAAAAGUGUAUACGAAAUUGAUGCAGGUUAAAGCAGUUCAAGAUCAAAUUAAAGAGUGUGAGCUCCGAAUUCAAGAUCACAUAUCUGAUAAGGUAGACAAAGGCAUCAAAUGUGAAGAAGCACAAGCGCAAUUUAAGAAAUUAGUUCACGAUAAUAAAUUCGCGGACUUUUUACGCAGAAUCUUUAAGAAAAAAUAUAAGCCGCCGCGUGACAAAGAUGACGAUGAAUCGACUGAAUCUGAAUCAUCAUCUUCAUCGAGUGAAGAGGAGGAUGAAGGAAGUCUUGAUAGCCGUGAUAUCGGACCUAUUCGCCUAGAUCCGAACAUUUGUCCCGAAGGCUGUGACCGCGAUGUUUAUGACAAGACUUUCGAGCUAAGAAAUUUGAGAUGGACACAUGAGCAGUCAAUGAUGGAAAUGGACCGCUUGGUAGAACAGCUAAAAAGAGAUAUUGAUGCACAUAAUAAAAUCAAACGUAAGCUGUCUGUUCAGCUUGACAAAAGGAAGAAUGAUCUGAGAGAAUUCAUGUUGGAGAAACAAAGCUGUUUGAACGAGAUAGACCAGGUGGUAGUACUAAGGUACGACCAGAUAAGAGCUAGUGCUAUCAAGGGCUGUACCGGCCCGGAGGGAUUAUCCAAGUGCAUUGUAUUCCCAGAACAAAUGCUGAAACGAUUGCGCAAACGAGUUCUGGAAAUUCAGGAAGAAAUUAGACUCCAGAAAUUGCGUGCAAAAAUAAAUCGCACUCAUCUAUUUCGUAUGAACAUAGAUUUACGCGAAAUGGAAAGACAGGCUGAAGAAAUCCGUGCACAAAUGCGUGAUGUUCUCACUCGCAAGCUUGGAAAACCUCGUAAAGUAGAUAAGACUCUUGAUGAGUUGCUGCGCCAGAUGACUAGAAGACACAAGUUUUCCGUCAACCUUAAGAUCAUGCCCCAUAUACUUCAUCAGUUGAGAGAUUGGCGGGAUCGUUAUUGCGAAUUGGAGAAGCGUUAUUUGAAUAUUCUAAAUAAUUACUCAGAACGCCUUCGUUUGGCAGCUGCUUUACAGAGCGAUAUUGUACCCGUAAAGCCAACAUCAGAUCCUUCCUCUAUGUACGGAGGCUAUGACAUAAAUCAAUACACUCGGGAUGUAGUGCGGCUAAAGAUUGUUCGUCAACAACAGAGGUAUCAGAUAACGGCACUGAAAGAUGAGAUCCAGGGCCUGCGCUUCAAGUCACAAGGAUAUUCUCAUACGCUAAAGACAGAAGAACCUCCGUCUACAGUUCCUUCUGAGAUUGAACUGUUCCAGGUGCCUAGAACUCAAUGGUGUCCUCGUAAAAAAUAUUUUCCAAUAACUCCACUAGGAUCACAAACAGCAUUGAUUUACGACGUGAAUAUAAUGAGACUGAUUUAUGACGCGCUGGAUUUAAUGAAGUUCUCACGGGAGAACGCUGAUUCUCUGCUCAAGGAGCUAUCUGCAGAAGUUCCAGAAAUGCUGACUGGGGCCAAAUCUCGUUAUGAAGUAGUAGAUCAAAUACUGAAGAAAUGGCUGCUGAAACACGGAGGAGAUCCAAGCCAAUAUAAAAAGCAAACACGCGCCUUCGACGCGCUUGGUGCUGUAGCCGAUUGGCUUCUUCGACAACACAUCGAAACCAUGGAAGGGCAAACUCAACAAACUCAUGCAGUUAUGACUCAACUUGAAGAAGCACUGAAAGAUAUAGCUGGUAAUGCUGAAACUUUGGAAAAACGUUUAGGACCCGCUUUGGCCGCACUCUUUCAAUCGGCUGAGAUGUUUGACUUAGACACUGAAGAAACAAUGACAUCGCUAGUAAAGGCCGUUCUGUCGGACGACGAAAUGAUAAUAACUCAAGAAAUGAUCGCGAAUAUAAAUGCACAUAACGUGAUAUCGAAUAUUCAAGCUUGCGGUGUAUCCAACAUAUCAACAGAUGAACUCGAAGAUAUUGUAUUAUUAGCAAUUGAUUGCUUAAGAGCACAAAUCGUUCCACCUGAUGAAAAACGGAAAAUUGAAGAAGAGGUUGACUCAGUCAUAGCUGCUGCUAAGGUUAUUAAGGACUCCGAGGUACGGCUAUCUACCAGUGCCGUUAUUGAAAGCAGUCGGCUCAGUAGCCGCAAAUCAAGUCGAACCAGCAAGGGUACAGCAACCAGUAAAUCGGGUAAGACGGAAAGGACUUCCAUGGAAUCGAUUGCUAAAUCGAGCAAGACGGAAAGGAUUUCCAUGGAUACGAUUGCUAAGGAUACUGGUGAAAGUAAACGAGGCAGCGAAACUACUACUCCAACAGAAAAGGCGGAAGUUGAAAGUGAUGCCGAAACCACGCCCGACGAUAAAGGCUUAGAUUAAUUUUUGUUUCGAAUUUGGGCCGCUUUGCUGGCAUAUCUACUGAUUGGUUGUAUUCACGUCACUGUAUACGUACAAAUAUAAUAUUUGGGGUACCUAAUAAGUUGUUAAAUAAGAAUCUGUAGUUGCAGAUUGAGUUGACGUCUAUACUGAAAAACUUGCCUUCCGUUUCUAUUCACUAAGCGGUUACACACUGCGACUUUUGGCAGCGGUUCAGUAGCGAUGCAAUCGCAAUCGCUUAUACACGCGCGACUUAAGCAGCAACACAGUCGUAAGGCAAACGC